AUGCGGGGCGGGUUCAAGCACGGAGGACGGGGUGGACCGCGUGGCUUUGGCCCCUUCGGAUUCAAGGAGCACGGCCACAAGCACAAGCACCACCAGCGCGGAGACUUUGUCCACCCCGAGGUGGAUGUUUUCGACACCCCUGAUGACUUUCUGGUUCACGUGUCGCUGCCCGGCGCCAAGAAGGACGGAGUGGAGGUCAAGUGGGACCCGAAGAAGUUCGAGCUCAAUGUUAGCGGCACCAUCGAGCGUCCUGGGGAUAAGGAAUUGCUGAAGACAUUGGCGCUGGAUGAGCGCCGUGUCGGGACGUUUGAUCGCAAGGUGCGCCUGGGGAGUGUUUUUCAACCGGUGGAAAUCAAUGUUGAUGGGAUCACGGCCGAGAUGGAGAAUGGCGUGUUGAGCGUCAGGCUGCCGAAGGUGGAGGCGGAUGUGGUCAUGGUGACCCGGGUGGAUGUACAGUGA